GAAUAACAGACCUAAUUUUUAACUAAUUAGAAAGCCUUUGAAUUCUCAAUAGAAAUACAGUAGACCUUCAUUCUUUGCCUCAGUCUCCUACUUCGUCUCUUUCAAUAUUGAGAAAACCAAAGAUUCCAAGAAUAAAUAACCCUAAAACACCCUCAGCCAUGAAUACCGCACUAGCCACGUUGUCAUCACCACGCCUCACUUUCCUCCCUCUGAAAUCACCUUCUUCGUCUUCUUCGUCGGCUUCGUUUCUGGGUUUUCCUUCACCCAAGCCCCUCAGGCUCAGGGCUUGUUCUGCAAAGCUUGAUUCCGUUCCUGUUUCUGAGACGAACAGCAAGAACCGACCCCUUGCUCAGAAGCUUCAAUCCUUUGCCAAGACGGCUGUUUUGGUCGGUGCCACCGCUUUAAUGGUUGGGAAAUUCUCCAACUUCCCUGCCAAGGCUGACCCUGCACCAGCAAUGGUUGAACAAGAACCUGCUUUUCGGGAAGAAAAGGAAGAGGCGGGGAAAACCCAGGACGCAAAGCAGAAGCAAACUUCACCACUUUCUGAGUUUCUGGAAUCUAACGAGGAAGCCUUCGAGGCAUUGAAGUCACUCUUAUACCAGAAGCUCGAAAACCACGAAGACGAAGAAGCGCUUAGUAUUUUGAAUCGUUUGGUUUCUGCUCAACCUGAGGUUACGGAUUGGAAAUUCUUGUUGGCGAGGUUGUUGGGCGACAUGGGUCAAAAGGAGAAUGCACGCAAAGUGUUUGAGGAAAUUCUUCAGUCGAAUCCCUUCUCUUUUGAGGCAUUGUUCGAGAAUGCUUUGUUGAUGGACCGUUGUGGGGAAGGAGAAGCCGUGCUCAAGAGGUUGGAAGAGGCUUUAUCCCUUGCCCAAGAAGAGAAGAAAGACAAAGAAGCCAGGGAUGUUCGGUUCAUAAUUGCCCAGAUACAAUUCUUGCAAAACAACGUGGAAGGAGCUUUUAUGACUUAUCAAGAAUUGGCCAAAGAAGAUCCCAGUGAUUAUAGGCCGUAUUUUUGUCAAGGGAUGAUAUAUACUUUGCUUGAUAGGAAUGAUGAAGCCAAAGAACAGUUCGCAAAGUACAAGAAGCUUUCACCAAGGAAGCAUCAGGUGGAAGGGUACUUGAGGACACCCUUAUCAAAAAUGAAGUUGUUUGACACCAAUGAGGAGAAUUGAGUUUUGGAGGUUUCGGGAAAUUUUCUGGCAUCCUGGUGGUAUACAGUUCUUGAGUAGUGUUGUUUGGUUUUAGGAAAA